AUGUUUCCCGAAAACUUGAUCAAAUCCUGUUUUCAAAGUAUAGGCACGGUCUAUAAAAAUGUAACAGUCAAUACUCCUCAAGUUAUCGCGAGCAACCCUUCACACACUCUUCCAAUUUUGUCAGGAAACGCAUCGAAUCAUUCAAACUCUCACGUUGUUUUACAGAGGGGAUUGAAAUACAAUAACAAUAUGAAUGUUUUAGGAAUCAUAACAUUUUCAACCGCUUUCGGUAUAAUAGUAGGACAGAUGGGAGAAAAGGCUGGCAUCAUGAUAGAAUUUGUUAACGUGUUAAAUGAUAUCAUCAUGAGACUCGUUUACUUGAUUAUGUGGUACUCACCAUUAGGUAUUAUGUGUUUGAUAGCCGGUAAAAUUCUGUCCAUUGAAAACAUAGCACAAUUAGUGGAACAGUUGGGAAUGUAUAUGGUAACCGUUAUAACCGGUCUGGCCAUACAUGCUUUGAUAGUUUUACCUUUAUUGUAUUUUGGUUUGACCAGAAAAAAUCCUUACAUUUUCAUGAGAGGAAUGUUGCAAGCCUGGGUCACCGCCUUGGGAACUUCUUCAAGGUUAUACAUAAUAAAUAAUAUACAUAUAAAUUAG